ACUCCUUUUCUUAUUCCAUCGCAGUAUCGUUUCUUGUUCUCGCAUUCGGCUGGCUGGAGAAGGCACGCAUGCUUUGAGCGUCUCGAAGAUCAACCCAUCUUCCUUUCGUAUUACUGCUGUGUCUGGCCCACAUCUUCUGACCCCCCACUGUUCAUGCGAUCAACGCUCGAUGCAUCACCACUUGGCUCCCUGCUUCGCCAUAACGCUCUCCACUCUGGAGGAACCAAUCUCCAAGCAAGCUUCUGCGCUACUCUUCCUAAAACGCCCAUCAGCGAGAUGUGAAACACGUUUGGUCGACCAAUCGUUCCGUCAUUUCGCGUCCGAGUGCGUCUACGUCUGCAUCCCGACCCUUCAAUAUGACCCACGCAAUGCAAUACGUGCAAACUAUAAGUCCAUGGAUCACUCCCACUAUCGUUCCUCCAGCGAGAGCAACUUUGAGAGUGGAGAAAAGGGAGAGGCGGGGAUUCAACAUAGGAACCAACAGGACAAGAAUAUGACCUGUCAAAAGAACCGAAAUCGAAUACACAACUGUGGAGGACGCGUAGAAUCCGCAAACUAGCAGAGUGAGGAAGAACAGACGAUACGGUGGUCGCAUAUUCGUGAAGAGGAUGUAUAUAUAUAUAUAUAUUGUGUUUCUGUCUUG